GCGCCUCCCCCGUGAGGGAGGCGAGAAAAUGGCGGCGGCGGCGGCGGCGCCUUGAGCGGCGCGUCCCAGGCUGGGCGGGCGCUGCACAGCGAUGGAGAAUGAACCAAACACAACAACGUGUUCUGCACCUACCACGACUGUCACCACCACCUCCACCUCCCGCCCCGCGCUCCCGCAGAUCUCCGUCUACAGCGGCUCCGACAGACAUGCUGUCCAGGUUAUUCAGCAGGCCUUGCAUCGUCCUCCUAGCUCAGCUGCUCAGUACCUCCAGCAGAUGUAUGCAGCCCAACAGCAGCAUCUAAUGCUGCAGACUGCUGCUCUGCAGCAGCAGCACUUAAGCAGUACCCAAUUUCAGAGUCUGGCAACUGUUCCACAGGCAAGCCUGUCAGGUGGGAGGCAAUGUUCUUCCCCCCCUGGGAGUGUCACUCAGCAGUCGAGCAUGUCGCAGACCUCGAUUAACCUCUCCACCUCUCCCACACCUGCACAGAUAAUAAGCCGCUCUCAGACCUCCAACACCACCAGCAGCAGCAUCACCCAGCAGACCAUGCUGCUGGGCAGCACCUCCCCCACCCUGAGUGCCAGCCAGGCUCAGAUGUACCUGCGAGCUCAGAUGCUUAUUUUUACUCCUGCGACCACUGUGGCUGCUGUCCAGUCUGACAUUCCUGUUGUCUCAUCCUCCUCCUCAUCUUCCUGUCAGUCUGCAGCUACUCAGGUUCAGAACUUGACGCUGCGCAGUCAGAAGCUGGGUGUGCUGUCAAGUUCCCAGAAUGGCCCACCAAAGAGCAGCACUCAAAGCCAGUCACUGUCCCUGUGCCCCAGUAAACCCGUCAGCAGCUCCAAGGGCAGCCAAGCAGAUCCCAACGAAAGCAAUAGGAAAGGCGAGAGCCCAAGCCCGGAGUGCCGGAGCACGCCGGUCACACGCACGUCCAGCAUCCACCACUUGAUAACACCAGCUUCAUAUUCUCCAUUGCAACCUCAUUCUCUAGUAAAGCAUCAGCAGAUCCCACUUCAUUCACCACCUCCAAAGAUUUCCCAUCAUCAGCUGAUACUGCAGCAGCAGCAGCAAGUCCAGCCGAUUGCACUCCAGACUCCUUCGGGCCAGGAGCCACCUCCCUCCCAGCACUGCCUGCCCCUGCCGAGCCACGGGCUCCCCUCGGCUGCCAGCAGCGUCCCGUCCCACUGCUCGCCGAUCCACCUGCAUCCCCCGCCUCUAACGCUCUCUCCCACCCCAUCGCCGUCAGCGCAGCAGUCGGUGGUGGUGUCCCCUCCGCCGUCCCACUCCCCGAGUCAGUCCCCCACCAUAAUCAUUCACCCCCAAGCCCUCAUCCAGUCGCAGGCGAGCUCCCUGGUGCCGGCGGCACUGCAGCCGGAGCCGGCGGCCCCCGCGGCCUCUGCCAGCACCCCGGUGCGCCCGGGGGCGCCGCCGCUCAGCCUGCCGCCCCACCUGCCGCUGCCGCCCUCGCCCGCCGUGCACAUCGGGGCGGUGGAGCAGCCCGGCCUGGUGCCCUCCGCGCCGCACCAGCAGUACCCCGCCCUGCAGUCCGCUCCCAUCCCUCUGGCGGCUCCUCCCCAGCUCUCGGCCUCGUCCACCCAGAUCCAGCCGCUGCCCUUGCAGUCUGUGCAGUCCUUACAAGUGCAGCCCGAAAUUCUGUCCCAGGGCCAGGUUUUGGUUCAGAACACUUUGGUUUCUGAGGAAGAACUUCCCGCUGCAGAAGCUCUGGUCCAGCUGCCGUUUCAAACUCUUCCACCGCCACAGACGGUCGCGGUCAAUCUGCAGGUGCAGCCGUCGGUGCCCAUUGAAACUCCAGUGAUUUACCAAGUGGAGAAUGUGUGUGAGGAAGAGAUGCCCGAGGACUCCGAGUGCGUGCACAUGGCCAGAACACCCACACCCCCCACCUUGUCCCCACCAGCCAUAACCCUGGGGAAUGGAGAGGCCCUGAAUUCAGAUGAUCCUCUGUCAGAUCACGGGGGGCUGCCUUCAGUGACAUCAUCAGUCAGUGCCUCAGUAAUUAAAUCUCCGUCUGACCCUUCACAUGCCUCUAUUCCACCACCACCUCUUUUGCUUCCAGCAGCAACGACAAGGAGCAACAGCACCUCAAUGCCCACCAGCAUUCCUAGCCUGGAAAAUAAACCUCCUCAGGCUAUUGUCAAACCCCAGAUCCUGACCCACGUCAUCGAGGGCUUUGUGAUCCAGGAGGGGUUGGAGCCGUUCCCUGUCAGUCGUUCAUCUUUGCUGGUGGAACAGCCUGCAGAGAAAAGGUUGCUGGUGGAGGGUCAGAUCAUGAGUGUUGUGUGUGUGGAGUCAGACCUGCAGAACACAAAACACGCAGACAACUCAUCGGACACCGAGAUCGAGGAUAUGAUUGCAGAAGAGGGACUGGAUGAAAUCGAAAAUGAACUUCUGAAGUGUGAAUUUUGUGGGAAAAUGGGGUAUCCCAGUAAGUUUCUACGGUCAAAAAGAUUCUGCUCCACAUCCUGUGCCAAAAGGCACAGCCUUAGUUGCACUAAGAAAUUUGGGCUGUUUCCAUCAGACAAGACCAGUCGUUGGAAUCGGAAGUCAGAUAGCCAAAGUCUUGGGCGGCGCGGGCGUCGGCCGAGCGGCCCUGAGGGGGCGUCACGAGAGCAUUUUCUUAGACAGCUUCCAAUUACUUAUCCAUCUGCAGAAGAGGAUCUGGCUCCUCACGAGGACGCUGUCCCGACGGCCAUGACCACCCGGCUGCGGAGGCAGAGCGAGAGGGAGCGGGAACGGGAGCUGAGGAUCCGCAAAAUGCCGGAGAGCAUCGACCUGCUGCCAGCAGUGCAGUCUGACCCCUCGGUGUGGACUGUGGAUGAAGUGUGGGCCUUCAUCCAUUCUCUGCCUGGUUGUCAAGAUAUUGCAGAUGAGUUUAGAGCACAAGAAAUAGAUGGACAAGCUCUCCUUUUGUUGAAGGAGGAUCACCUAAUGAGUGCAAUGAAUAUUAAGCUUGGACCUGCAUUGAAAAUCUGUGCACGGAUCAAUUCCUUGAAGGAAUCCUAGGAGGUGAACAUGAAGGUUUAAACCACAGAACUGACAGUAAUAUGCCAACAUCUUCACUGUGGCAUGAGUGUUACUGUGAUGUUUUGGUAAAUUGAGGGGGUUUUCCCCACAUAAGGACUUAAAAAUGUUCCUUUGCUUAUACCAGGUAGUCCUCUGUAGUUUCCAACAACCCAACAGGUUCAUGGUAAAGCCUGAGUAAAACUUUGAGUUGAAGUUUUUCAUGUUAAAAACACGGAGUGAAAUACCCUGUGAUAGGUUAAAUAUUCCCCAACGUGGACUUCAUCUUAAUGAGUUUAAGGUUAACACCCCAGCCCCCACCCCAAUCUAAACACCUUUUAGAUUGUGUUGCUGUAUUCUGAAAGGUGUUUUUUUUUUCCCCACAUACAGCAGUGUUUGGACUGAACAGACAGAAGUGUCCACAGGCCCUGUGGAAGCACUAGUACCAGUAAAAUGCUAUGCAUU